AUGAUGGGCAAAGGGACCCAGAUGGUGAGGACCCCAGGUGUUCCUGGUCUUCACUUCCCCGCCUCUCUGGGCCAGUUAAGCAUCUCAGCUUCCUACAUUGCCCGCCCCCUCAUUUGCUGCACUCAACUUCCUGCCCAACUAGAGGAAGUGGGGAGAGACAGCAGGUACAGCAGCAGCUACGGGGCCAUGGACAAGGAGUAUGUGGGUUUCGCAGCCCUUCCCAACCAGCUGCACCGCAAGUCCAUCAAGAAGGGGUUUGACUUCACGCUCAUGGUGGCAGGGGAGUCAGGCCUGGGGAAAUCCACCCUCAUCAACAGCCUGUUUCUCACCAACCUUUAUGAGGAUCGGCAGCUGCCAGAGGCCAGUGCUCGCUUGACACAAACCCUGACGAUUGAGCGCCGGGGCGUGGAGAUCGAGGAGGGGGGUAUUAAGGUGAAGCUGACCUUGGUGGACACACCUGGCUUUGGGGACUCAGUGGAUUGCUCAGACUGCUGGCUGCCCGUGGUGCGCUUCAUCGAGGAGCAAUUUGAGCAGUACCUGAGGGAUGAGAGUGGCCUGAACCGGAAGAACAUUCAGGAUUCCCGUGUCCACUGCUGCCUCUACUUCAUCUCACCCUUCGGCCGCGGGCUCCGGCCCCUAGAUGUGGCCUUCCUCCGGGCGGUGCACGAGAAGGUCAACAUCAUCCCAGUCAUUGGCAAAGCAGACGCCCUGAUGCCUAGAGAAACCCAGGCUCUCAAGCAGAAGAUUCGGGACCAAUUGAAGGAGGAGGAAAUCAACAUCUACCAGUUCCCUGAUUGUGACUCAGAUGAAGAUGAAGACUUCAAGAGGCAGGAUGCAGAGAUGAAGGAAAGCAUCCCUUUCGCAGUUGUGGGUUCAUGCGAGGUAGUGAGGGACAUCGACUCCCGACCAGUGAGGGGUCGCUGCUACUCCUGGGGCACCGUGGAGGUGGAGAACCCACAUCACUGCGAUUUCCUGAACCUGCGACGGAUGCUGGUGCAGACGCACCUGCAGGAUCUGAAGGAGGUGACGCACGACCUGCUCUACGAGGGCUACCGGGCCCGCUGCCUGCAGAGCCUGGCCCGGCCUGGGGCCCGCGAUCGGGCCAGCCGCAGUAAGCUCUCCCGCCGGAGCACCACCGAGAUCCCGCUGCCCAUGCUGCCCAUGCUGCCCCUGGCCGAGACUGAGAAGCUGAUCCGCGAGAAAGACGAAGAGCUGCGCCGCAUGCAGGAGAUGCUGGAGAAAAUGCAGGCGCAGGUGCAGCAGAGCCAGGCCCCGGGCGAGCAGUCGGACGCCCUCUGA